CCGCCAUUUAUUUCAUUACAAAUCUUUUUUACUGAUCAUAUAUGUCAUAUGGCCUUGCAGAGAUGUCGAUAAAAUAAAAUAGAAGAAAAAAAUGUUUCAUUUCCACAUGAUCAUAGAAAACUGUUUAGAAAAUUGCAAAAAAUAUAACAAAACAAAAAAAAAAAAGGAAUUGGAUUCGUUCACCUCGUAAGAUGCUUAAAAUUCUUAAUGAUGCAUUCAAAUUUCGCUCCAUGAUCAGCCGUCGGUCUCCCAACUGGAAGAAAUACUCGACCUCAGAUCCCACUCAGGAAGAUAUCGAGAGGAAGAUAAAAGAAAUUCAGACUAGGUUGGACAAACUGGGGAAAAAAAAGAGGUUUCAAUCCUGGGAAGAAACUAUACAACAUUUAAAUGAUAAGAAAACGUUUUUGGAAGAUCAAUUAGAGAAAAUUAAGGCAAAAGCACCGAAGAAGGAAAACAAGUAGAGAUAACAGGCAUGUGUGAGCCUUAUAAUUUAAUGAAGAUUUAUAAAUUAUUUCAUUCUAAAUUCUAAUACAAGCAAAACAAACAGGAGAUAGUUAAUGCACGCUUGAAAUUCAAAUGUUGACUUUUUUUUUCAAGUUAUGUAGUCAUAGUUAUGAAAACAUAGUUCCGUAAAUAACGGAAAAUAUUUAAAGAGGUGAUAGUAGAUCACAAGUGCUAUUAAAUAGUUUAUAAAAACUAUGGUCUGAUUUUGCGUAAACAAAAUGUAAAUUUAAGUUAUGUUUUUUAAAAGUAAGUCCUGUUUUUUGUUGAAUAGAAAGAGAAAAAAUAUUUAAUUUAGAUAAUCAAAAAAUAUUUCACAUUAAAGUUGAUUAAACUUACUUCAAGCGGAG